GUAAAGUCAGUUCAACAGUUUGUGGUUCAGUCUUCACUUUUCAAGCGUUUUGUUCACUCGCGUGAAACUCACGUCCGUGAAAUUUGCCAGCGUGAGGGAGGACGCGUUACAUCAUCAGCUCACCUUUAACGCAGGUGACACAGAACACCCGGAAGAACGCGCGCAUCGAAUAUCAUACGAGUCGCUUCAGUUUCCAUAAAGCCCAGAAGAGCUCAACAGAUCACAGUCAUGUCAGAGCUGAAGAAGAACAAGCUGUUUAUUGUGCUGAUGGAUGUUGUGUGUGUGCUCGCGGUGGCGAUGCCAUUCAUCAUAAUGACCAUCAUGUUCCGGCCUUACCAGCGUGGCGUUUACUGUGAUGACGAGACCAUUCGUUACCCCUACAGACCAGACACCAUCUCUCACAAGAUGAUGGCGGCCGUUACCAUUUCCUGCUCCAUCAUUAUCAUCACAUCCGGAGAGGCCUACCUGGUCUACACCAAACGGCUUUACUCCAAUUCAGACUUUAACCAGUACGCUGUGGCGCUCUACAAAGUGGUGGGGACGUUUCUGUUCGGCGCGUGUGUGAGCCAGUCUCUGACCGAUAUGGCCAAGUACACCAUCGGACGCUUGCGCCCCAACUUCAUGGCGGUGUGUGCUCCAGAAGUGUGUGACGGCUACGUGCUGGAGAUAAACUGCACGGGAACCCAUCGCAACGUGACAGAAUCCAGGCUGUCCUUCUACUCCGGUCACUCCUCCUUCGGGAUGUACUGCAUGUUGUUUCUGGCGCUGUAUGUCCAGGCACGAAUGGCAUCCAAGUGGGCCCGCCUCCUCCGGCCCACAAUUCAGUUCUUCCUGGUGGCCUUUGCCAUUUAUGUGGGAUACACACGUGUGUCUGACUACAAACACCACUGGAGCGACGUGGUCGUGGGUCUUCUGCAAGGGGCGCUGAUCGCAGUCCUCACGGUGCGAUACGUCUCUGACUUCUUCAAAGAGCGCCCGCCCCGCUGCCAGGAUGUCGAAAACGCUGAAAACGAAGACAGCGAACGCAAACCUAGCCUUCAGAUAGCAGACACGGACAGGAACAAUCUUUACUCCUACAGCAGGCCUGCAUGAGCCUGACCUUUGACCUGUGAGGGCAGACACUCCGAAACCACUGGAUGCUGCACCACGUCUCGUACAGACAGCCACACACACACGCUGCUGCACACACACACACUGUACACUGGCACUGACCGCGCUCUCUUCCACAGGACAACACUCACAUUUCAGAGAGAGAGCGAGUGAAUGCAUGAACUAACACUGAAUAUUAGAUUUUAUACUCCUCUACAGACGGCUGACCGUGUUUAUACCGCUUUUUGUUUUAUGCACGCUCAUAUACGCCAAGUGCACAGAUCGCCUGACAUCUAAUGAACCCUGAGGGACUUUAUUGUAUCGGAGCACAAAGACGAACUUUUUCAAGGGGAACUGGCCGUUUCCAUGACAACCUCAAAACCACCGGUUGACAUUUACUGACUAGAUGUACUUCUGCUGUUGGAAGCGAUUCUUUCGGCAUGGGAAAGAAAGUGAACUUUUCUAAGUCAUCGGAAGACAAGAGUUUGUGGUAUCCUGAGUAAGAAAUCCAGGAAGAAAAGUAUGAACAUGGAACAGAUGCCAAAAAAGGUCUUUCUCACACUGGUAAUUAGAUGCUAUAUACAUAUAUAU